AUGGGAUUCAAGACCAACAGCUGUGAUGAGAGCCUCUUUCUCAAGGAGGAGGGGGAGAAGCUGGUGCUGUUUCUGGUCUACGUGGACGACAUUCUUCUCUUCAGCAGCAGCAUGAAGGAGAUCCAGAAAGUGCAGCAGCAGCUGAUGAAGAAAUUCAAGUGCAAGACCCUUGGGGAGGUAAAGUACUACCUCGGGAUGCACGUGGAGAGGGAUCUGGAUCACAGGUGGUUGAAGCUGCACCAGGAGAAGUUCAUCAAGGAGCUGGGGGAGAAGUAUGGGAUUGAGAAUGAACGCGAGGUUGCAACUCCCCUGCCAGCAGAAUUCAAGCUUGUGAAGGCAGCAGAGGAUGAAGGGGUUAAAGCCGAGGAGCAGCAGCAAUUUCAGUCCUUGCUGGCUAGGGUGGUGCAGAAUCCAUCAGAGGAGCAGGUGGAUGCAGCUGAGCGUGUGGUGAAGUACCUGAACUCUCACCCAAACAUUGGAGUUCAAUACUCCGCAUCUGCACAGGUGAAGCAGAAAGGGGUUGAGGUGCUGAAAGAGAAGGGGGAGCGGCUUGGAGAAGGCAAGCUGUUUCUCACUUGCUUUACCGAUGUACGUGGGCUUCUGAGAAGGACGAUUCCUCAUCUGUGGGAGGAUACAUCUGCGUAG